AUGGCCAAGCCAGGCUCCCCGCAUAUCUGGAAUGUCGUGGAAGACACUCUAGCCUUCUUCCAAGACACCAUGACCAAGAACAAAGUCCUGGUCCAGGGUGUGACCCUCGCGAUGGUAGGGGAUGUGGUGGAUGCCACGGGACCGAGGCGAUUCACCAGGGGCAUCAUGAAGAGCAUGGGGGAAUCUUUCCAUGUCAAGAUGGAGGAUUUCCACAUCCUCUUGGAGCCAAAGCUCGUUGGAGACGUUCUCGUUGUACCGGGAUACCUAUGGGCUGCAGCUGCGAACAGCUAUUGCGGCGUCUUAGACACCGCGCCUCCACCCUUGCUAUCUCACCACUAUGCUGGCUCAUGGAAGAAUGACAAGGGUGGCGGGACAGCGGAAGGUUGAAAGGGUCCGAUCCC